CCCCUCCCCCUUCGCCUGCCGUCCCCGCGCCGAGGAUGAGGAGCCCCCACCGCCGAUCAAUAGAAAUAUGCAUUUCCAUAAUACCACCUUCGAACUAAUGAAGUGGAAGUACAGAUGAAAACAGUUUGGAGGAAGCUUGAAGUACAAUACAGUUUCAUUCUGUUUCCAAAUUCAGAGGAAACAAAGGUGGAAAAGCUACAGAAGCAUCCUUGCAGUCAAGCACCAAAUCCUGUAUUAGGCUUCACCAAACAGACUGAGCUUAGCACUUGUCAAGCAGAAGGGCCGCUUGCCCUGCACAGGAAGGAUUAAAAGUGAACAAUGACUCGAUUGAGAGUUCAUGAGCAAUUGCUUGGAGCCUAUCUGCUUAUCAUUCUCCAUGUUCAAGGUCAAAAGCUAGACAGCAUGCUUCAUGGUACAGGAAUGAAGACAAAUUCUGACCAAAAGAAACAAGCAAAUGGAGUAACACUUGCUCCAGAGGACACCUUGCCUUUUCUUAAAUGCUACUGCUCAGGACAUUGUCCAGAUGAUGCUAUUAACAACACAUGCAUAACUAAUGGGCAUUGCUUUGCUAUCAUUGAAGAGGAUGAACAUGGAGAACCCACGCUUGCUUCUGGCUGCAUGAAGUAUGAAGGUUCAGACUUCCAGUGCAAGGACUCUCCUAAAGCUCAGUUACGUCGAACGAUUGAGUGCUGUCGUACUGAUUUCUGCAAUCAGGACUUGCAACCAACAUUACCACCCCUUGAUAGUACAGAUGGACUUUUUGAUGGCAGCAUUCGUUGGAUGGCAGUGUUGAUUUCUAUGGCAGUCUGCAUAAUUGUCAUGGUCAUCUUAUUUAGCUGCUUUUGUUACAAGCAUUACUGUAAGUCGAUGGCAAAGAGGCACUGUUAUAAUCGUGACCUGGAACAAGAUGAAGCAUUUAUUCCAGCUGGGGAGUCACUAAAAGACCUUAUUGACCAGUCUCAGAGUUCUGGGAGUGGAUCAGGACUACCACUGUUGGUUCAGCGCACUAUUGCCAAGCAAAUUCAGAUGGUGAGGCAAGUUGGAAAAGGACGAUAUGGUGAAGUGUGGAUGGGCAAAUGGAGGGGUGAAAAAGUGGCAGUCAAAGUGUUUUUCACCACAGAAGAAGCCAGCUGGUUCCGAGAAACCGAGAUUUACCAGACUGUGCUCAUGAGACAUGAAAACAUCCUCGGUUUCAUAGCAGCAGAUAUUAAAGGCACUGGCUCCUGGACACAGCUUUACUUGAUCACGGAUUAUCAUGAAAAUGGAUCAUUAUAUGAUUUUCUGAAGUGCACUACGCUGGACAACAGGGCUCUGCUCAAACUGGCCUAUUCUGCUGCGUGUGGCCUGUGCCACCUGCACACAGAAAUCUAUGGGACACAAGGCAAGCCAGCAAUAGCACACAGGGACCUGAAGAGUAAAAACAUCUUGAUAAAGAAAAACGGAACCUGCUGCAUUGCAGACUUGGGUCUUGCAGUCAAGUUUAACAGUGACACAAAUGAAGUUGACGUUCCCUUGAACACUAGAGUGGGAACGAAACGUUACAUGGCUCCAGAAGUCCUGGAUGAAAGCCUGAAUAAAAACCAUUUCCAGCCAUACAUCAUGGCUGACAUCUACAGUUUUGGGCUGAUCAUCUGGGAAAUGGCUCGGCGCUGUGUCACAGGAGGUAUUGUUGAAGAGUAUCAGUUGCCAUAUUAUGACAUGGUGCCAAAUGAUCCAUCCUACGAGGACAUGAGAGAAGUGGUGUGUGUCAAACGCCUGCGCCCAGUGGUGUCCAACAGGUGGAACAGCGAUGAAUGUUUAAGAGCAAUAUUGAAGUUGAUGUCUGAGUGCUGGGCUCAUAAUCCUGCCUCAAGGCUCACUGCCUUGAGGAUCAAGAAGACACUUGCCAAGAUGGUGGAAUCACAAGAUGUAAAGAUUUGACAUAGGAAAUUGACUUUGGAGAGCAAAGCUGGACUCCCUAGAUCUUUUCACUCCGAUGUGGGUGAGGAAGAUAAAAAUAGAGAAGAGGAAAUAACUGAGAUUCAGUAUAUUUUCUCAGCACACUUCUACAGGCUGCUAAUGAAAUCUUUCAGUACUUCAUAGACCAUGAUACUGAGAGCCUCUAUACACUACGUGCUACAUACAUGGACAGCCUUGAGAAAAUACACGUUUUGUUUUGGUUUGAGCUGCAUUGAGACUUCAAUCAUACUUAGUGAGUCUCCAGUAAAACUCUGGGUACUGAAUUGAAUGUUCAGAUUACAGUGCUUUCUGUGAAAGCCUAACAAGCUAUAUGGAUUCAACAGAGAUGGAGAAUAUAAGCUCUUUUUUUUUUUUUGCCUUCUACCUGAUAAAACCUAGUCAAUCCAUACCAAGUUUUGGUGAAACAGCCUGUAGGUUAUGAAUCUGUUUGUGAUACUACUCAGUUUAACAGUUCUUUAUGCCUUUAUGUGUGUGCCAGGAUUAUUUUGCUGUCAUUUGGAAUAUAUAAGAAACCAUUUAAAUGAACAAA